AUGUCAUGGCUCUUACCAUGCUUGCUAAUAUUCACAUCUAUCUUUUUGAAAUUGCUCGUUCAACAUCUUCAACACAUUCACAAUAACAAUAUUAAAAGACGAAAUGAAAUACAAUCUGAAAGAUUUCCCCCUUCGUAUAAUACGAGCUCACAGUUUAGAAGAAUAGAUGAUGCAGAGUUGAGUAGAAUUCAUGGGAAUUAUUUAUUUUCGGAGGGUCAAGAAGGUUUUGCUUUUAACAAUAGCGCAAGACCUGAUCAAAAUAGAGUAAUGAAUUCAACAUCCACUGUUAAUGAUACCAGACUUUAUUCAAGAAACCUCAAUGUUGAUGGAAUUAAUUCAGCUGCAACGGAUCAGUCAAAUAAUUUGUCCAAAAGACUGAAAUUUAAACAAAAAUUAAAUUUGAAAUUUAAGAAAAUGUUUGGUAGAAACAAAGGUGCAGUCUCAAAAACUAACGGCAAUGCCAUUAUGAGUAUUUCAAAUGAUAGGUUGAGAAAUGAUUCACCGCCUCCAUAUAGCCGUUUUGAUCCACAAAUUGAUUAA